UCGCAGCGGAGGGAGGGAAGACAAGACAAGCGGCUCUGCAUUCGCUAUCGUUUCUUCCAUGGCGUUUUACAAGGAUGACGCCCAGGAGGACGUGAGCGAGUGUCCCGUGUGCUACGAAAACCUCUGCGUCACCAAGAGGACUCUGAGCUGUGGACAUGUGUUCUGUCACGACUGCCUGGUGAAAACACUGGUGAGCAUCCACACGGACGGGAACAUCCGGGACACCAUCGCGUGUCCCAUCUGCAGACACCUCACCUUCAUCAGGAAGCAAAAAGACGAGCCGCUUACCCCGACGGAGAGGAAAGGUGACCCUGAGGAUGGAACCGGAGGGCAGAUCUUGGAGGUCCCCGUCAGAACCCCUCAGCCACCGCCGGUGCACUUCCAGGAGACCCCAGCUUUGUCAGGAGCCGGUUGGGUAAGGGACUGUUUUAACCGGGUUUCGGAACGCUUCCGCCGGCAGAGGCUCAACAGACCUCGUGGCGGCGCCUCCCAGAUCUUCAUCAUCAGCGCCCAAGGGAGACCAAUGACCGAGGAGGACUCUUUCAGCCUGGUGAUGACCGUGGUGCACCCGCAGCCCAGGCGGAGUUACAGGGGGUGCACCACCGCUCGGUGGCUGCUGGUGCUGCUCUCCACCUUCACCGUGCUGGCACUGGUGGCUGCGAUACUACCUUGGAUCCUACUCGCCUGAGAAUGAAGACUAAGGUGCCAUUAUUCUUAGGAUCGUGGGUCCAAAGAACACUUGAAACCUCAUGAAAUGCAACCUUAAAGACACUGAAAUGCAAGAGUUGUUAUUGUUGUUAUUAGAUGUGUGUUGCCAGGCAACAAGAAAACAUGCCAGCAUCAUAUUGGAUGGUCUGAAACGUCACAUUUUAACUUUCCGUGCAGCUCUUUAAAUAAUCAAUGAGGCUUGAAGGAGAUGCUGUAAGAAGACACCCCUCCAGAAGCGUAGCAUUGAAUUUCUCCCAGACGACAACUUGGAGCUUUGCUGUGAUACCUGAAGAGGAACUAUGUUGUUUUUAAAAGCUUUAAAGCCGUGACACUGAAAUUCAGUGGCAAACAUUGUUUCCUUUUGUGUGUGUGAGCGCCAUGCGUGCAUGCAUCCCGUCCGGCCUGUCUUACUUGUUACAAACCGAACACAACAUACCGGCUUUCUCCAGGCCGGCCGGACAAGGGGCGGGCUGAAAAAUGGACAGAUUUGUUUAUGUUCACGUGCUUGAUUUCGUCUAAUCGUUUGCAGUUGAUUCAUUUGAUGGUUAAAAAGAAAGAAAUUAAGAAGUGUUAAAAGAACUGUGCAAUAAAACUAGAGAAAGACUACUCCCCCUGUUUGUAGAGUGAUACAGCACCAUCUAGUGGCGUUUUAGAGG